AUGGAAUCUGACGCAACGACACGCAGACGGAGUAAUGGUACUCCAGAUGGAAACAUCGUCGAAAUGGGUGAUGUGCAGAAAAAGGGAGGCACAAAUGGCGAGAUAAUCCAUGAAAGAUUAGAGUACGAACCAACUGGCUGGCUGGAGGUUACGCUAACCAGGGUCGGCAGUUCCACCGGAGACUUCAUGAAGAACAACGGCUCCGCAAUGAAGACAAUUACCAUGUUUGUGCUUAACGGCCUCGUCGUUGGAUUUUUCUUUGGAUGCUUAUAUUACUGGUUAAAUUACAGCAAAGAACCACUCGAGCUGUGCUACGGAUUCGGCAGCUUGAUUGCUUUCUUGAGCAUCAUUUACUUCUUCGUGAUUUACUUCCUCGUGAUGAAGAAGUACUUCGGCGAUUGGUUCGAGAGGACCGUUUGGACGAAGGUCGACGCCUCAGCUGGGUACCUUUGGAAGUUUACGUGGUUCCGAUGGUGUUUCUCGUUGGCGGUUCUGGUUGCGAUUGCCGUGUUCCUUUACGUGGACACCAGGGACUCCCCAGAAAGGCUGAUCUCUUUGCUUGGCCUCAUCGUACUAUUGCUGCUAGGGUUCGUAUUCUCGGCCAGUCCCGGACGAAUAAAGUGGCGGACGGUCAUUAUGGGGCUCCUACUGCAGUUCGUCUUCGGGCUGAUCUUCAUCAGAUGGGACACGGGUAGGAUGGCGCUCCAGUGCUUCUCCGACAAGGUGGCAACAUUUCUUUCGUACGGUAUUGAGGGUGCCGCAUUUGUCUUUGGGGAGUUCUUGGUCCGGACCGAGGGCGUCUUCGCCUUCAGUACGCUCCCCGUGAUCUUCUUCUUCAGCAUGCUCGUUGAGGUGCUGUUCUUCUGGGGCGCGCUGCAGUGGUUCUGCUUGAAGCUUGGCCAUCUUCUGCGUGUCGCCACCUCGACCACUGUCUGCGAGAGCGUCAUAGCUGUCGCCAACGUGUUCUUGGGGCAGUCAGAAUCAGCGCUGAUAAUCAAGCCAUACCUCUCGCUGCUGACACCAUCAGAGAUACACGUCGUCAUGUCUUCUGGCUUCGCAACGGUAUCGGGCACGAUCCUGGCGGCGUACAUAGCGUUCGGCGCGGAGCCCGCCCACCUGGUCACCGCCAGCGUGAUGUCCGCGCCCGCCGCGCUCUGCUACGCGAAGCUCAUGCUGCCGGAGACGCGGCGCUCGCUCACCACCGUCGAGAACAUCCAGCCGGUGGAGAUCGAGGACCAGUCAGCGUUGUCGGCUGCGACCCGCGGCGCCACCAACGGCGUGUCCCUCAUCCUGAACAUCAUCGCCAACCUGGUGGCCUUCGUGGCGUUCAUCGCGUUCCUCAACGGCGUCCUGGGCUACUGCGGCGGUCUACUCGGCGAUCCGGACAUCAACCUGGAGUGGAUCUUCGGCAAGGUCUUCAUACCGCUCUGCUGGCUGAUGGGUGUUCCGUGGGAGGAGUGCGAACACGUUGGCACCCUGGUGGGCCUUAAGACGGUCGUCAACGAGUUCGUCGCCUACCAGCGCAUGGGUGAAAUGAAGAAGGCCGGCUUGCUCUCGCCUCGAGCGGAGCUGAUAGCGACUUACGCUCUGUGCGGUUUCACCAACCCAGCGUCCGCGGGAAUCAUGAUUGGAGCGAUCUCCGCAAUGGCGCCCAGCCAGAGGGAGACGUUGUCCAGUGUCGCCGUCAGAGCGUUUUUCACUGGAUGCGGUAUUUGCUUUAUGACUGCAUGUAUAGCAGGUCUUCUAAUGCCCGAAGGUUCGUUCGAU